AUGGCAAAUACAAUGGUGAACGGCCACCAUGAGAUUGACAUUCCAGCACCUCCUAUUGACCCUGUAUCAAGACCACAGACACCUCCCCCUCCUCCAUCAGAUACGAAUGUUCCUCCACCACCGCCUGACCCGCUACCGCCACCUCCAUCUGACGAACCUGAAUCAGUCGAAAAUGAUUUGAGACCUCAGCCGCCCAAAAAGAAAGGAUGGGGUUCGACAAAGACCCAGAAAGCAACGCCUUUGAGCGUCGAGGAGCUCUUGAAAAAGAAGAGAGAGGCUGACUUGGCUGCCAGCAAGCCAAAAUUUCUGUCUAAGGCAGAGCGUGAAAGGCUUGCCCUGGAGAAACGAGCUAAAGAAGUUGAGGCUGCGGCGGCUGCAAAAUUUCCAAAUGAGGCUCUCCAAAACGGUUUAGCCACUUCGCACAGUGAACUCGAGCCGGCCAAGUCAAAUUCAGCUCCGACUGGACCAAAAGCGCUACGCAACGGAGAAGUCCCGACUGGCCCUGCGGCAAUGCGCUCAAGAGAACAUAACAAAGGAGUAGACUUUGCACCGCCUACGGCUCCCAAAUCAGGGUCAUUUGGUGGCGACUCAAAGGGGCAGAAACGGCAAUCAGAAGAUCAGAAUGAGAAGGCAGAAGCGGAAAUGAUUCGACAGAGGUAUAUGGGCGCCGAUAUGAAUGUGUCCACAUUCUCCGCGGUCAAGAAGCGAAGACGGACGACCGAAAAGAAGUUUAAUUUUGAAUGGAAUGCCGAAGAAGACACUGCUCCAGAUUACAACCCCAUCUAUAACAAUCGUGCCGAAGCCAAUUUUUUUGGACGUGGCCGACUGGGUGGAUUCGAUGAGCAGGUGGCCGACCUCUCUGCACGCAAGUAUGCUGAGGCGUUACAGUCAAGAGACACAGUGGCCGGUGCCGCUCGUGCCCAAGAAAUUCUCGAAAUGGAGAGGAAAAGAAAAGAAGAAUCUGGUCGGAUGGCUAUCGACAAACACUGGAGCGAGAAGAAACUUGAGCACAUGCGAGAACGAGACUGGCGAAUUUUCAAAGAAGACUUUAAUAUCAGCACCAAGGGUGGAGGUAUACCGAAUCCUAUGCGUAACUGGAAAGAGUCGGGACUCCCGCUGCGGUUAUUGGAGAUCAUCGACCAGGUUGGAUAUGUUGAGCCUUCACCAAUUCAACGAGCUGCCAUUCCAAUUGCCCUGUCAAAUCGAGAUCUCAUCGGCGUGGCAGUGACGGGAUCUGGAAAAACAGCUGCAUUCCUGCUUCCUCUUCUCGUCUACAUUGCAGAACUACCUCGACUGGAUGAAGACGACAUGCGUCGAAACAAUGGACCGUAUGCCAUCAUCCUAGCUCCUACCCGUGAGUUGGCGCAGCAAAUCGAAAUCGAAGCUCGAAAAUUCUCCUCUCCUCUUGGUUUCACCGUUGUCUCCAUCGUCGGCGGGCACUCGAUUGAAGAACAAGCUUACAAUCUCCGCAACGGCGCGGAAAUCAUUAUCGCAACACCCGGUCGUCUGGUCGACUGCAUUGACCGUCGUAUUGUUGUCCUAGAACAAUGCUGCUACGUGAUCAUGGACGAGGCAGACCGCAUGAUCGAUCUUGGAUUCGAAGAGCCCGUGAACAAAAUCCUCGACGCAUUACCGGUUGGGAACGAGAAACCCGACUCGGAUGCUGCCGAAGAUACUCGCGCCAUGUCCCGCCGCAUCGGAGGAAAGGACCGUUACCGUCAAACAAUGAUGUACACGGCCACCAUGCCCUCGGCCGUGGAGCGGAUUGCACGCAAAUACCUCCGACGCCCAGCAAUCGUGACGAUCGGUAACGUAGGCGAAGCAGUCGACACGGUCGAACAGCGCGUCGAGUUCGUCUCUGGAGAAGACAAACGCAAGAAACGACUCCACGAGAUCCUGACCUCAGGCGAAUUCCGUCCGCCGAUCAUCGUUUUCGUGAACAUCAAACGCAACUGCGACGCCGUGGCCCGAGACAUCAAGCAAAUGGGCUUCAGCUCAGUGACGCUUCACGGUUCCAAGACACAGGAACAGCGAGAGGCAGCGUUGCAGUCGGUGCGUGAUGGUAAGACGGACGUUCUGGUCGCCACCGACCUCGCGGGCCGUGGUAUCGAUGUCCCCGACGUCUCGCUCGUCGUUAACUUCAACAUGGCGACCUCUAUUGAGUCUUACACACAUCGUAUCGGCCGUACCGGUCGUGCCGGCAAGAGCGGGGUCGCUAUUACUUUCCUCGGUAGCGAGGAUACAGAUGUUCUUUAUGACCUCAAGCAGAUACUACAAAAGAGCAGCAUUUCCCGCGUCCCUGAGGAACUCAGGAAGCACGAGGCUGCGCAGCAGAAGAGCCAAAGAGGUGGUGGGAGCGGUGGCUCCGGUGCAGCGAAGAAGGGUGCUGGUGGUGAUGAAAGUAGUGGCUUCGGUGGGAAAGGGGGUGCUGCGUGGUAG